AUGACUAAGCUCGAGUAUACUCCAUUGGAAGAUAUUCCAGCAAAGAUUGACUCUGCUGUAGAGUUCUACAAGGCCCGCCAGUUAAGGUUAUCUAAGGCAAAAAAUCCCUUGAAACAGGACAUCGCAGAGCGGAAAAGAUGCUUGCAAAGGCUCUAUUGGGCAAUUAAAGACCGUGAGGAGCAGCUGGUAGAAGCUAUGGAACAGGAUUUCCACAGGGCGAGAAGUGAAUCUAUGACUGUGGAACUUAUUCCGUUGUACAACAAUAUUCUUUACAUUAUUGAUAAUCUAGAGAAGAAUAUCAAGCCCAAGAAGAUCAAGAGCAGCGGAAUUGCUUACAGGUUUGGGUCCAUAGUGAUUGAGAAGAUUGCACUUGGGACAGUGUUGGUGAUUAGUCCGUUUAACUUCCCUAUUUUGUUGGCUUUGGAUCCGCUAGCUGGGGCCAUAGCCGGAGGGAAUUCGGUUGUGUUUAAGCCAAGUGAGCUUACUGGCAAUUGCGCUAGGUUGAUGGAAGAAAUAUGCCGUGAGGCUUUUGAACCGGGUCAUGUCGAGACUGUGCAAGGUGGUGUUGAAGAAACUACCGUGUUGUUGGAUUCUGGGAAGUUCGAUAAGAUCUUUUACACCGGGUCUCCUGCUGUUGGUGCGAUAAUAGCGGAGAAAGCAGGGAAGAGCUUGACACCAUGCGUGUUAGAACUUGGUGGUAAAUCUCCUGCGUUUGUGACCGAGAACUUGCCCAAGUCCAAGUGGGAUACUGCCAUUCGCAGAAUCUUCUUCAGUUCGUUUGGCAAUUCGGGCCAGAUUUGCGUCGCUGCCGACUAUAUCCUGUGCCAUGAGUCUAUCUACGAAGAGUUCACCGCUUUAUGCAAGAAAAUAUUGCACGAGUUCUUCCCCAAGAUCACCCCGGAAACCGAAUACACAUACAUGGUUCACAAGAGAGCUAGUGACAGGAUCAAGAAGAUACUAGAUUCUAGUAAAGGUGAGAAAUUUGCAGCCCAGAGCGAUGGGAAUUUGCCUGAAACGUGUAUUCCUCCAACUUUGAUCAUCAAUGCAACAUGGGACGACUCAAGCAUGGAAUCCGAAAACUUUGGUCCUAUUUUGCCCAUUGUUAAAUAUUCUGAUCUUGACCGUGCCAUUGAUCAAGUUUUGCAAAGGCACGACAUGCCUUUGGUGCAGUACGUAUUUUCGGAUUCCAAGAGCGAGGCUGCUCAUAUAACUACCAGGAUCAGAUCAGGAGAUUGUAUUAUUGGCGACACCAUGAUCCACGUAGGUAUCGAGGAGGCACCCUUUGGUGGUAUUCGUUCCUCUGGUUACGGUAACUACCAUGGAACUUACACAUUCAAGACGUUCACUCACGAGAGAACGGUUUUCAAGCAAAGCUACUGGGUGGAUAUCUUGAUCAACAUUAGAUAUCCUCCAUUCGAUAAGUUUAAGACUCGUGUGGCCCAGAUUUCCACGGAAUCCAAACCUAACUUCGACAGAAAUGGUAAUAAGACUUUCAACUACAAGCUCUUCGGGUUCGUUUUGGUUAGUGGAAUCGUCUUAGCAUUCUUGCUGAGAAAAUGGACAUGA